GCACCUCAAGAAAGUCCCAGAAAGUCCCACUUUGAAAAUGGAGAGAAUCAUAAUUCAACUGGAUCAACAGAUGGGGAUACAAAAGAGGGGAAACCAGCUGGACAAACACAGGUAUUUCAGAACGAAGCUCAUAUGACACCACAAAAAAAGAGAUCUGUGACUGAGCUAGCCCCUGAUGCAGUAAACAUGGAUAAACUGGGAGGUCAAGAAAUGGACAACACAGUUUCACAGAGAAAAGAGAAAAAUGUUGAAAAGCAGGAUGUGGCAGAAAAAAAACCUGUCAGAAAACCAAAGAAAAAUAUCAGAGGUAUUAAGAUGCUAAAAAAGAAAGAGAAGGACAUAGACAAAGUACCUACAGAACAGAAAGUGGACUUCCCAGAACCUUUAGUAAAAGCUCACCAAGCCGCUUAUGCCUUUCUGAAUCCUAGCAUAAACAAAUAUGACAUCUUAAUUGGACUUUUGGAACAAUCAACCCAAACACAGGUUUCUGUGCAGCCUAUGGUUGCUUUUAUGGCUUUACGCUAUGAGGAAAUAAUUCAGGGACUGGAAGAGAUGGCAGACGAGGGAGAAAAAGUUUUAAAAGAAAAUGGAGAACAUCUUGCUUGGCCAAGUCAAAUGAAAAACCUCUCAUCUUCUACUCCUCUGAAGUCUGGUGCUGCUAAUAUUGAGCCCCCACCGGAUUUGCUGCAGCAGCUACUUCAGUACACCACACAGAGAAUGCGAAAUGUGAGCCAGACUGUUCGUGGAAUUGGGGACGCUGCUUUGGAAGAGGCAGUGGAGUACUUUGCCUCUGUUUCAGAGCUUUUAGAGGAGAAGCUAAAAGUCAAACGUGCAGUAGAGACUAGGCUAAUGCAACUCUUAUCUCGCAUUGAAAUGGCCUCUCUGCGCAAGCCUGGGCCAGAGGAUUCUGCUCUCUUUAGCGAGGACAGUGGUAUUGGUGCUGAGAGUGAAUCCCUUGCUGGAUAUGAAAGACGCCAUAGACGAGAGAGUUGUGAGUCUACUGGGACAAAUAGAACUACACCUGUCAGUCCUAUGGGAUACACCUCCGUGAACGCUAGGCAAGGAGCGUUAAAGCAAAAGCUUGGAAGGAAAAUAAGCCCAAGUGUUUCUCUCACCUCACUCAACUCAUUAGGUUCUACGUGUACCAUAAUGGCUAAUGACCAAAGAGACUCAUUGCUAGGUUCUCUCUCCUUAGAUGAUGGGGAGGAUGAUAAUGAUAAUGAUGAUGGGGAGGAGGUGGAUAGAGGCAUGAGAACUGUUCAAAUGGGGUUUAUAAAGCAAUCAAAUUCUUCAGUUGUAGACUGUGAACAACACCCACACCGCCUACCCUCAAAGCGCAUAGAGAAUCCUCAAAAUGUAGAAAUGACUCUCAAAAUGAAAAAUGCUAUAAGUAGUAGGAUACAGUUUGUCCCAUCACAGAACUCUGGUGCCAAAAAAAAGGUAGCUGGUAGCCCAAAAAACAGUAGACGCCAGUGGAUGGAUGAGGAGGAAAAAUCUUCAAGGAGGCCUCAAACAGCAGCACCUAUUCGGAAGGCAUUAGUAAAAAAGAACCCAGCGGCUAUGGAACGACGUUCCCGGUCAGCAGAAUCUCUCCGGAGCAAAGGUAAUGAUCCCACUCUGCUUGAACUAGACAGAACACAGAAGGAUUUAAAUCAGAGGCUACAGAGAAUGAGUAAAAGCAAGGCAGGUGGAAACAUGAAGACUGCUCCACUUAAACAAAAUCAAGGGCCUUCACCUGCACAAUCCCCGGCAAUAAAUCGCAAACAUUCCUCAUUAGAGAAGAACAGCAAUCCCAAACCGCCUAAAGAGAAAGUAGUUCUCACAAGGUACAACAAUAAAAAACACACAGUAACCAGUGAUGUCGAAGAAGAUAAAACAAAAGAUAAGAACGCACCCAAAGACCCUAUUAAAGUAAACCCAGCCCCAAGCCCUCCUUUAUCGCCACGACCAUCAUCGGGCAUUUACAGAGGCCGGAACUCGGUCAAAAAACUGAUUGAUACCUUCAGUCAAGGAAUAGAGGAACUAGAUGGUCCUGAAGUUCUGGGCCCUCUUAAAGGAGUACGAAAGUGUGGUGUUCCUGUGUUACCCGGUUUAGGAAAUGUAGAAGCUGUACUUAGCACUGGGAUAACCAGUUGUAGACCUGAAUCCUCUUCAUCUGAGAAAACUGACUAUUUUGAUUUGGAUAGUCUUCCUCCACCUCCACUGGAAGUACUAAUGGACAAUUCCUUUGAAAGCGCCCAGAGUCUUUCAACUGAUGUAACAGACGAAGGGACUGCAAAAGUCAGAAAAUCACCUAUAUUAAAAAGGGCUGCAGUAUCACACAAACUGAGGGCCUCAGUUCAGUCAGUAACAGUGCUGCCAAGUAAAGGAGGCCUGCCACAAGCUACCAAGGUUAUUUCCAUUGCUAGAGCAUAUCAAAAAGACACAUCUGCUCCAUCAAAGGUUGGCCCCUCAGAUGUUAAAGUGGAUGUAUACCCAGGAGAGGAAAAGUUUUCCUUAUACCAGCAAGCCAGAAAGAUCAUACAUCCAAGACACUCUUUAGACACAGAAAGAGUGUUAACAAGUUGUGUAUCCACAAAUCCAUCUGCCAACCAAGAAGAAUCAGCAGACACACAAGAUGGUGAUAACCUUUCAGUGCCUGAACCUAACACUACAGCGUCUACAGCGUCUACAGUGCCUCCACCCUCCGUAGUUAGCCAACCACCAGCCACCCCAACUAUGUCUAGGAAUCGAAUGUUACCAUCCACACCUUCAACACCAAGCAGCAUAUAUCGUCCCAACUUCAAAAGGGAACCUUCUCCGACAUCUUCAGUUAGCCCCCCUGUUAACAGGAAACUCCCCACACCACCAGCAGUUCAGAGGAGGCUCCCCAGUCCACCUGUUGCAAAGCAAAGUAUUUUAAACUCAAAUUCAACGUCCUCAUAUCCUUUCAAAGCACCAUCUCCACCAGCCUCACCAAAAGUACAAAGAUGGUCAAGGGAGAGCAGCAGUGAAGACUCAUCUAGUACUCGGAUGAUGAGCAAUGCACGAUCAGUCUUCUGUCCUGCAUCUCCAUCCCUGUUUGAGGCCCAGCCAUGUCCAGUUCCUCGACCCCCUCAAGCUUGGACCUCUACCGGGGUGUCUUUUGUCUCUCGCCCUUGGGGAAGUCGUGGAAGGUUUCCUGUAUCUGUUCAGGGACCUCGACCCUUCAUCCGACGUAGCCAUUCAGAUCGAAGACCGAGUCUAAGCCUGCCACCGAAAUCACCAGGCAUCUCAGUGGCUGAGACUUGUGGAAGUGAGCCAGCAAUAUAUUCACAGGGGCUGGAUGAUGAACCAAUGAGGAAAGAUGAAUUAUGGGGUAGCCAAUCAGACCUCAGAGCUACACCACGGUCUGCAUCGCACCCAGACCUGUGUGUUGUUGGACAGGCCUUGCACAGAGACUAAACAUGCCAGUGAAGGGCCAGUGGGAUUAUGGAUUAGAAAGCCUUACCAAGGAUUAAACAUGAUGUUGUUUAUUCCACUGGGAAGAGAAGUAGAGCUAAUUCUAUCCACUUUGCCACAGUAACGCGCCUCCACAAUGUUUAUAAUAAAGUAUGGGAAAUUAUUGUAGUGUACUGUACCUUUACUUACAUACACUGUUUGUGCAUAAACAUGCUCUUGAAUUUGCCUGUGCAUCUUCUGUACCUCAGAGAAAAAUACAUAUUAUGACACAGUUUCAUGUUUACAGUUUAUGGAAUUCAUCCAACACCUAUCUUCAUAACAUUACUACAAACCAAAGAAAAGAAUUCACUCACAGAUACUGCAGCUUCAAAAUUUAAAUAAUGUAAUGUC